AUGAAGAAAGAAAAUAGUGUCAUCUUGAAAUCUGGAGAGUUCACCGGUCGAUUGACUCGUGCUCGAGCUGCUGCUUUUCGUGCAUCUGGACAGUUGCCCCCUCUGAAGGGGGUAGCACAAGCCAGUCAGAAGCAGCCCUUAGGAGCCAAUCCAAAAAGAGCAGUUUCAGAUAAUACAUGUCUUCCGCAUAAAAAGAGGGUUGCUCUUCAGGAUGUCACUAACGUUUGCUGUGAAAAUACAUAUAGGAGCUGUUUCAAUGCAACUAAAAUUCAGACUAAGAAAAGCAAGCUGGCUAAGACUGUUCAACUUAAUGUUUCCAAAGUAGUUCCUUCAGUUGCUGUGGAGCUACCACAACUUCAAGUUGAUUCAAAAGGAAAGAGUUUUCCAGAAACAGGGCUUAGAUCAGAAGAUGCUAUGUGCUCAACUAAUUUGGAAGACAAUGCAGAUGCACUUCUUUGGCUAAGAGCCAACCAGUGUGGCACACAUGAUAGUCUGCUUGACAGCCAGACAUCUGGAAUAUCUUCUGAGCCUUUGAUUUCUCAAGAGAGAGCUGUACAAAUUGUUGCAGCUAAGAAAAGUAGCCUUUCUGAACUUUUGAAUGCUUCAAAAGAUCCUGAUGUCACUGAUAUAGAUGCUGAUUUCGAAGAUUCUCAAUUGUGCAGCCUCUACGCCACUGAUAUCUAUAACAACUUGCGUGCUACUGAGCUGUCAAGAAGGCCUUAUCCUAACUUCAUGGAAAGAGUACAGCAAGAUAUCACUCAAAGCAUGCGUGGGAUACUGGUUGAUUGGCUUGUAGAGGUUUCUGAGGAAUACAAAUUGGUGUCAGACACACUUUACCUCACGGUAUAUCUCAUAGAUUGGUUUCUCUCCGAAAAUUACAUUGAAAGACAAAGACUUCAGCUGCUUGGCAUCACCUGCAUGCUAAUUGCUUCGAAAUAUGAAGAAAUUAAUGCCCCAAGAAUUGAAGAAUUCUGCUUCAUCACAGACAACACAUACUCAAAAGAGGAAGUACUAAAAAUGGAGACUCAAGUGUUAAAGUCCUCUACAUAUAAACUGUUUGUUCCCACUACAAAAACUUUCCUCAGGAGGUUUCUUCGAGCAGCACAAGCUUCUUACAAGAGCCCCAGCUUUGAAUUGGAGUACUUGGCCAAUUACCUAGCUGAACUAACACUGAUGAACUAUAGUUUCUUAAAUUUCCUUCCUUCUAUGAUUGCUGCAUCUGCUGUAUUUCUUGCCAGAUGGACAUUAGAUCAAUCAAGCCAUCCAUGGAAUCCAACUCUUCAACACUAUGCCUCUUACAAAGCAUCAGAUUUGAAAACCACAGUUCUUGGAUUACAGAAUCUACGGCUGAAUAGCAAUGGCUGCCCUUUAACUGCCAUCAACACAAAGUACAGGCAAGACAAGUUUAAAUGUGUAGCAGCUUUGUCAUCACCAAAACUGCUUGAAAGUCUGUUCUGA